AUAUAGCGAAAUGGUGACGUAACGUUACAGUUAGAACGUGACAAGGGCGGCGCGUGACGCUGCCAGACGAACAGACCCGCGCUAGCGUUGUGCCUUUGUACCGCGGUGCUGCAUCAUGUGCUUCAUGGCAACCCGGUGCGCGUAGCUCUGCUAGCUAAACGUUACGGUGCGGUUCAUGCUCGUAAACAAACAAGACUGUUGGUUCUCAUCCGUGGUCCCUGGUCAGCUGGGAAGUUGGCCGUCUUAAAAUCAAGAAAUAAGUUACAUCAUUCAUAUUUGAGUCUUUCGUUUGUUUCCACCUCCUCCGCCUGUAAAGUCGACUGUGAUGGCCAAGCUCCAAGGCUUCGAGUUCUGGAGGAAGACCCUGAAGGAGGCCCGCUUUGUGGUGGCCCCCAUGGUGGACCAGAGCGAGCUUGCUUGGCGCCUGCUGAGCCGCCGUCACGGCGCCCAGCUCUGCUACACCCCCAUGCUGCACGCCCAGGUCUUUGUUCGCGACGCCAACUACAGGCGGGAAAACCUGUACAACGAGGUGUGUGAGGAGGACCGACCUCUCAUCACACAGUUUUGUGCCAACGACCCGGAGGUGUUCCUCCAGGCUUCUCUCCUGGCCCAGGACUACUGCGACGCCAUCGACCUCAACCUGGGCUGUCCGCAGAUGAUCGCUAAAAGAGGACACUACGGAGCUUUCCUCCAAGACGAGUGGGAGCUGUUAGAGAAAAUGGUCCGGUUGGCGCACGAGAAGCUCUCGGUGCCCAUCACAUGCAAGAUCCGUGUGUUCAAGGAGCUGGAGAGGACGGUCGGCUAUGCCCAGAUGCUGGAGAAAGCUGGGUGUCAGCUGCUCACAGUGCACGGCCGAACCAAAGAGCAGAAAGGGGCUUCGACGGGCAUCGCUAACUGGGAGCACAUCGCGGCAGUACGGAAGGCAGUGAACAUUCCAGUGUUUGCUAACGGUAACAUUCAUCACCUGAGCGAUGUGGAGCGCUGCAUUCAGGAGACGGGGGUGCAAGGAGUCAUGAGUGCAGAGGGGAACCUCCACAACCCGGCGCUGUUUGAGGGAUGCAGUCCCCCCAUAUGGGAGAUGGCAGAGGAAUACCUGGAUGUGGUGAAGGAGCACCCCCCCUGCACUCUGUCCUAUGUACGAGCACACCUCUUCAAGCUCUGGCACCACACACUACAGAUCCACCAGGACCUGAGAGAGGAGCUGGCCAAGGUGAAGACCAUCGAGGGGUUGGCCGGGGUCAGCAAACAGCUGCGGCUGCGCUGCCAGGAGGAGAUUGCCAAAGGAAAGGACGCAGAGGAGAAGGAGGGCAGCCUGCCGUUCCCUCACUGGAUCUGCCAGCCCUACGUCAGGCCAGCGCCGAAGGAACCGGAGGUCAACGGCGACGGCAAAAUCUCAGAGGUGAAGAAGGCGGUGUGUCAGAAGAGGGCGCUGGAGGACUUUGACGCAGCGGCCGACACUCUCUCCAAAAACAAGCAGAAGAAGAGAUCCCGAAACCCGCACAAGAACUUUUGUCCCGAGCACAAGCCAGCCAAGUACAUCAAGUGUGAGCAGUGCGGGAACCCAAAGGGCAAUAAAUGUGACUUCAACCUUUGUCGAAGCUGCUGUAAGAAGAAGGCCUUCAAGGAGGUGGCUGACUGCCCAAGCCACGGGUUGAGGUUCAAAACCAGGGCUGAGAAAAAGAAAGCUGAGGAGGAGGAGAAGAAGGGCUCGGCGGCAGAGACGGAUACGAGUGCAGCGCUGCAGGAGCAGUCCGAGGCACGGCUGCUACUAUGAGCAGGACCGAGUCUGCCUCCACAUGCACAAACUGUACUCUAGUUUCCGCACUCGGCCCUCAUGGCUCAAGAGUCCUGCUUCCGGAACAUUUCUCUGACCAUUAGACAAGUCGAUGCCCUGUAAACAUUUUAACCUACAAAAUUCUAUCACAGUGUGAACCCUGCUGCAAGGCUACUGUUGGACCUACCUUGAUGCAUGCUUCUGGAUGAUGAUUAAAAAGGAGGUAAUUCGAUUGGUUUGUGCAUGCUGAGGGAGCCAAUCAUGACUAUUCAGAUGUACGAAAUAGAAGAGACUCUUUUUGGAUGGACAUCAAUCAGCAGAUAACCAUAAAGUAACAAAUCACAUCUUAUUUUCAACAUAAUGGAUCAGCGUGGGAUUUAUUUCCUCCUUUUUUCUGAUGGGACAGUUUGGAAGAUUUUCUCUACUCAUUUUAUUUUUAAGACAAGUAUUUAGCCUUUAAAAACCAUUAAGCUAAAGUUUGCAUUUUCCGCCUCUUUUUGUCUGGGUGAAGUCAGGGUUGCUUGCAUUUUGGGCCUUUUUGGCCAGAACUUCCGCUGCUUAUUAAGAUAUGCAAAGAGGUAGCACCAUCAAGGUGGUGCUCAGCGGCUAAGACAGCUGUGUAAUUGUGCAUGCGCUGUUUUUUAUUUUAAUUAUUCCCUGUAUAUUAAAGUGUUCAGUCUGACUUGACUGAGGAGCACAAAUCCUCGGGGCUAGCUUAGCUCUAUGAAAAGACAUUGUUCACUAGCUUACUUGCUAACGAGACAUUUACUGCAGGAUAGCGGUUUAGAAGUGAUUCUAGUCUUUGUGCUAACAUGGCCUCAUCUCACUUAAAGCCCCCUGAAAUGUUUUGAGAACUGCUCCUCUGACUUUUUUUUUGUUGAACAUAAUGUCAUUUUAAGAAAAUGAUCUUUUUAAGUUUUACUAUGGAACCAUCUCCAGCUUUUAAAAUUGCAAUUGCUAACUUUUAUUAAAAUCCCAUUUUGUCA